AAAAAAAAACCAUAUUAUUGAACUAUAUAGUAUAUCAUCACUUGCUUCUUUUUAUUUUUCAUCAUUUGGAUAUAGAUUAGAUAAAUGAAAGGGAGUAGUAGUGUUAGUAAUCAUUUAUUGAAGCAGCAAAACAUGAUUAUGAUUUUGAUUCUAUUUUGGUUCACCAAGUUGGGCAUGGUUUUAGGGCAUAAUCAUGUUUUGGGAGUGCAGCCAUUGUCAAAGAUUGCCAUUCAUAAAACCGUUCUUGCACUUAACAAUAUGGCCGCCGUUGCAGCAGCUCCUACAGUGCUGGGCAUUUCGGGCGAGGAUACAGCAUGGGUGACUGUGAAAGUUCUAAAUCCAAUGCCAUCAAAUGAUGACUGGGUUGGAGUUUUUUCUCCUGCAAAAUUCAGUUCAGGAAAUUGUCCACCAGCACCAGACAGCAUUGGCUGGCAAGAAACUCCAUACAUUUGCCAAGCUCCAAUAAAGUACAAGUUUGCAAAUCACGAUAAUUCAAACUAUCUUAAGACUGGGGCAGCUGUUUUGAAGUUCCAGUUGAUUAAUCAACGUGAAGAUUUCUCCUUUGCACUCUUUUCUGGAGGAUUAUCAUCGCCAAAGCUUGUGGCGGUUUCAAAAAACGUAAGAUUUUUGAACCCUAAAGCACCUGUGUAUCCGCGUCUUGCUCUUGGCAAGUCUUGGGAUGAAAUGACAGUCACAUGGACAAGUGGAUAUGACCAUAGAGAUGCCAUACCCUUUGUUGAAUAUGUUUCUAAUGGAGGAGAGGUUAGACGUGCUCCUGCUGGAACAUUGACAUUUAAUCGAAACAGCAUGUGUGGUGAACCUGCACGAACUGUUGGGUGGCGUGACCCAGGUUUCAUACACACAAGCUUCCUUAAGAACUUGUGGCCUAAUUUGAGGUACACUUACACGUUGGGGCAUUUUCUGACUAAUGGCUCUUACGUUUGGAGUAGGACUUUUUCAUUCAAGGCACCACCAUUUCCUGGACAGAAUUCAUUGCAACGUGUUAUUAUAUUUGGUGACAUGGGAAAGGCUGAGCGUGAUGGUUCAAAUGAAUAUGCUGAUUAUCAACCUGGAUCACUUAACACCACUGAUCGACUCAUUGAGGAUUUGGCAAAUUAUGAUAUUGUUUUCCAUAUUGGGGACAUGCCAUAUGCCAAUGGUUACAUCUCACAGUGGGACCAAUUCACAGCUCAAGUGCAAGAAAUUUCAUCAAGAGUACCAUACAUGAUUGCAAGUGGAAACCAUGAACGUGAUUGGCCAAACACAGGAUCAUUUUAUGAUACUCCGGAUUCAGGUGGUGAAUGCGGGGUUCCAGCAGAAACCAUGUAUUAUUAUCCUGCUGAGAACAAAGCCAAAUUCUGGUACAAAGCAGAUUAUGGCAUGUUCCGGUUCUGUAUAGCAGACAGUGAGCAUGACUGGAGAGAGGGAACAGAACAGUACAAAUUCAUUGAGCAUUGUCUUGCAACAGUUGACAGAAAGCAGCAACCAUGGCUGAUAUUUGCGGCUCAUCGUCCACUUGGGUACUCCUCUAAUUCUUGGUAUGGCAUGGAGGGCUCAUUUGAAGAACCCAUGGGACGGGAAUCUCUCCAAAAGCUUUGGCAGAAGUACAAAGUAGACAUUGCAUUUUAUGGACAUGUCCAUAACUAUGAAAGAGUAUGCCCAAUUUAUCAGAAUCAAUGUGUCAACGAAGAAAAAACACAUUAUUCUGGCACUGUGAAUGGUACAAUCCAUGUUGUUGUUGGCGGUGGAGGAAGCCACUUGUCCGACUUCGUGGCGUCACCCCCUGUCUGGAGUAUUUACAGGGACCAUGACUACGGCUUUGGCAAGUUGACAGCAUUCAACCAUUCAUAUCUCAUGUUUGAGUACAAGAAGAGUAGUGAUGGUUUGGUCUAUGACUAUUUCACCAUUCAUAGGGACUACAGGGAUGUCUUGGCCUGUGUGCAUGAUGGUUGUGAGAAAAUCACUUUAGCAACCUGAGCGUUAGACUGUUAUGUCUCUAUGAACUUGUAGUGAUUUUUAAUGAUCUUGUAGUGGAAUGGAAUAAAACACUCAAAAUAAUAAGGGCCUUCUUACAUA